AUGCCUGCGGGGGAAAGAGAAGUUGUCCAAAUGGUUCUUCGAAAUAUUCAAGGCGAUCCAAAUAAUAUAUUACUAAUUGAUCCUACCAACACAUUCACUCAUGAUGCUUUCUACGAUUCGCUUGGGAAUGACACAGCUAUUACAAAGAGAAAAGGAUGCGAUGAUCUGAACGACAUUGAUGAUGACACUUUCAAUGUGGUCGUUCUUAAUCAAGUAAUUAACACUUCGAAGAUAUUGGAUGACCCGCCACGAGUCGAUCUUCUUAUGAAAUCGAUAUUACGUGUUGUUCUACCUCAAGGAACCAUUGUGAUUCGAGAGAAUCUAAGUAAUUGUCCAAAAAUUAAUGCGAUGGUUCAGUUAACCAAUUUCUUAGACACUUAUAAAACUAAUCUCUCUAAUUCUUCCUGGUCGAUUAAAUUUGUUUCUAUGAAUCAAAUCAGUGAUUCCAUACAUGCAAAAAAUUCUAAAAUUCUCCUAAGCAAUGAGAACAUUACUACAUUCCGCGAUUUUCUUGAUACGAAUCAAUUCACUGAGAGUGGAAUUUUGGUUUACGAAUGGGUUUUUGGAAAGGAUUUCAUCAGUCCAGGUGGUGCUGAAGAAAAUUUGAAAAUCAUGAAAAGAGCUUUCACUCUACUUGAACCUGGUAAAAAAUUGCUUGACAUUGGUUGUGGAAUUGGUGGAGGUGUUCGACAAGCAGCCAGCGAGUUUGGUCUCGAAGUCGUUGGUAUUGACUUGAGUUCGAACAUGCUUUCAAUAGCGAUCGACCGUUUGCAAAAAUGUCCGGAUUCAAGGAUUCGAUAUUGCAUUACAGACGCUUUGAAAGCUAAUUUCAUUCCAGAAUCUUUUGACUACGUUUUAAGUCGUGAUGCUCUUCAACAUAAUGACGACAUAGGCAAACUCUUCAGCAAUAUCCAUGUACUCGUCAGUACUGGAUUCCAAGAUGUUCGAGUUGAAGCAAAAAACCAGCGCUUCAGAGAGAUUUUGAACGAUGAAUUAUCAAGAACAAUUAAAGGAAAAUCCGAAUUUUUGAAGAAAUUCGGUGAUAAAGAAUAUGAGAAGAUCGUCAACGGUUGGAAAGAUAAACUAAGUUAUAUUGAUGAUGAUAAUAUGUGUUGGAUUGAACUUUAUGCCAAGAAACCAAACCGAAUAUAA